GGCAAUUAAUUACCAACUGGAAAUUAUUCAACAUCUAAUUUUUUUGUUCUUUUUCUUUUUCUUUUUCUUUUCUUUUUCUUUUUCUGGGAUCUCUUCACGCUUUUUGGCUACGCUUGGGUGCCUAAUCUUUGGUGCAUCAAUAGUCGAUUAGAUAGGCGACAGCGACCAUGUCGAAACCCGCCCACGAAUACGAUGGGCUCGACAAGUCACGAGCUGUCGCUUCCGCGGGCGACGGCGGGGCGUUGGAGACGCCGAACUCGGACGAGUCGGAUACUGUCGACUGCGUCAACGACAACACGGAGCAGCGUGGACCCCCGGGUAUUGCCCUGUCAAAAGGGCGCCGCAUCGCCCUUGUGGCCACAGUGACGGGAGCCAGCUUCCUCAAUACAAUGUCGGGGCAAGCCGUCGUCAUCAUCCUGCCAACCAUCGGGCGAGACUUGAGCAUCCCGGAGGCUCGCGUGCAGUGGGUUGUGUCGGCCUACGCGCUCGCCUUUGGCUGCUUCCUGCUGCUGUGGGGGCGGAUCGCCGACAUCUACGGCAAGAGAAAGAUCUUUAUCUGGGGGUCGGCCUGGGUUGCCGCCACGUCGGUCGCCAACCCGUUCGUGCCAAACGAGAUCGCCUUUUACCUGUUCCGCGGGCUUGCAGGCUUGGGGGCGGCGGCCAACGUUCCAACCGCAAUUGGCAUACUCGGCGUGACAUUCCCUCCCGGAAAGGCCAAGAACUACGCGUUUAGCUGCUAUUCGGCCGGCGCGCCCCUCGGAGCCGUCUUUGGCAACCUGAUCGCCGGGUUCAUCGCCCAGUACGCGUCCUGGAAAUGGGUCUUUGGAGUGAUAGCCCUGAUGGCAGCCGUCAUCACGGUCGCGGGCGUGGCCAUCAUCCCGCCGCCGAAACACACGCUGCACGACGACGGCGCCACAGUCAAGGCGUCGGUCGACUGGCUCGGCGCGGCUCUCGUGACGGGCGGGCUGCUGGCGCUGCUCUUCGCGCUGACCGAGGGCAACGUGGUGGGGUGGAGCACGCCGUGGGUGCCAGCGGUCAUUUUCGUGGCGGUCGUGCUCGUCGUGCUCUUCGUCUUCUGGCAGCGCCACCUCGAGACGACGGGCAGGCGGCCGCCCAUCAUGAAGGUGUCGGCCUUCCGCAGCAAGAAGUUCAGCGCUGCCAUGCUCAUCAUGGCCCUCUUCUUCAGCAGCUUUAACGGCUUCCUCGUGUACGCGACCUACUUCUACCAGGACUACCAGGGGCUGUCGCCGCUGCAGACGACGCUGCGCUUCAUCCCGACGGGCGUGUCGGGCGUGCUCACGGCCGCCGUCGUCUCGCAGCUGCUGUCGCGCGUGCCGACGUACGUGCUGCUGGGCGUCGGAACGUCGUGCGUGAGCGUGUCGGCGCUGCUCUUCGCCGCGCCCAUCCCCCCCAACACCUUGUACUGGGCCUAUGGCUUCCCGGCCAUGGUGCUGUCCGUCUUCGGCGCCGACACCACCUGGCCGUGCCUGAUCCUGUUCACCAGCCACGCGCUGCCGCAGUCGGACCAGGCCCUGGGCGGCGCCCUCGUCAACGCCAUGGGCCAGGUCGGCAGGGCCGUCGGGCUGGCCGUCGCGACCGCCGUCCAGACGGCCGUCAUAGCCAGAGAAAGGGGCGUCGAUGUCCAGAACGUCGGCAGGCUGCAGGCAUGGGAACCGGCCACGCUGCUCGGUCUCAGGGCGGCUGAGUGGUGGAAUUUCGCGUCGGGAAUUGCUGCGCUGGUGGUGGUGCUCUUCGCGUUCCGAGGGUCGGGCAUCGUGGGCAAGGCAGGCAUCGUGGGCAAGGCGGGCGUUGCCAAGGCCGAGCGGCUGGCUGCCGUGACGGUUCAGAAUGUUGAGAAAAGCUCCGAAGCGUGAGACUUUGGUAGGUAAUCUAGAUAAUCAUGUAAUAGAGACGAAAUAGACUAAUCUUCUAUUCUGU